UCUGUCACUAUCUGUCAAUAUUAGUAUUUGUCAAAUUUUCAGGAGUUCAGUUUCAUUAUUAGUGAAUAAAACAUUCCAUUUAAACAUAUUUUAUCCACUUAACAAGUGAUUACAUAGUUAAAUGUGUAUAACUAAUAUUUCUGAACCAAUAAAUUACUCUAGUGGUGGCUGAAAUUUGAAUAUGAGUGAUAAAAAUUCUGCUCAGCAAGGGGCUCAGCCUCUUGUCAAGAUCGGACAUUAUAUUUUGGGGCAAACAUUAGGAAUAGGAACAUUUGGUAAGGUAAAGAUAGGAGAACAUCAACUAACCAAACAUAAGGUAGCAGUAAAAAUUCUUAAUCGUCAGAAGAUUAAAAGUUUGGAUGUUGUUGGUAAGAUCAGACGAGAAAUCCAAAAUCUCAAACUUUUUCGUCAUCCUCACAUAAUCAAAUUAUACCAGGUUAUAAGUACUCCAUCAGAUAUUUUUAUGAUUAUGGAAUAUGUAUCAGGAGGUGAAUUGUUUGAAUAUAUUGUGGACCAUGGUAAGCUAAAGGAGCAAGAUGCACGAAGAUUUUUCCAACAAAUUAUAUCCGGUGUGGAUUAUUGCCAUCGUCAUAUGAUAGUUCAUCGAGAUCUAAAACCAGAAAACUUGCUGCUGGAUCAUAAUAUGCAUGUAAAAAUAGCUGAUUUCGGUUUAUCAAAUAUGAUGAUGGAUGGAGAAUUUUUACGAACCAGUUGUGGCUCCCCAAAUUAUGCAGCACCUGAGGUUAUUUCUGGAAAACUUUAUGCUGGUCCAGAAGUUGACAUUUGGUCUUGUGGUGUCAUUUUGUAUGCAUUGCUUUGUGGUACCCUUCCAUUCGAUGAUGAAUAUGUGCCAACCUUAUUUCGAAAAAUUAAGUCUGGAAUAUUUCCAAUACCUGAAUAUUUAAAUGAAUCUGUUGUUAGUUUGCUAUGUCAAAUGUUGCAAAUUGACCCGAUGAAACGAGCAACAAUUGAAGACAUAAAAAAGCAUGAAUGGUUUCAAAAAGAUUGCCCCGCAUAUCUUUUUCCUUCUCCAGUAGAGCAGGAUUCUUCAGUAAUUGAUACAGAUGCUAUAAAUGAGGUUUGUGAUAAAUUUGGAGUAAAAGAAAAAGAAGUGCACAAUGCCUUACUCAGCGGAGAUCCUCACGAUCAACUUGCCAUAGCUUAUCACUUAAUUAUUGACAAUAAACGUAUAGCUGAUGAGGCUGCAAAAGCAGAAAUUAAAGAUUUCUAUGUAGCUAGUAGUCCACCUCCAGUAAGCAUCAGUCCAGUUCCAGUUUCUAAUGAUGGAACUUCAAGUCCUUUAAAACCACAUCCUGAAAGAAUAGCACCUCUUAGAGAUCGAGUUAUUGCUUCAAAUCAUGCAGCAUCUGGAGAACGUGGAAGAGGUCCUGUAGUGAAGAAAGCCAAAUGGCAUUUGGGUAUUCGAUCACAAAGCAAGCCGAGUGAUAUUAUGAUGGAGGUUUAUCGAGCCAUGAAAGCAUUGAAUUAUGAAUGGAAAGUGAUUAACCCUUAUCAUGUUCGUGUUCGACACAAGAAUAUUCUUCAUGAUAAAUAUGUACUCAUGUCUCUUCAACUCUAUCAGGUUGAUUAUAAGAGUUACCUUUUGGACUUUAAAAGUUUGAGUACUGAGGAAGUUGAAACCAAUCCAAUGAAUACCGCUGUCAUGCUUGGAUCCGUUCCUACCCCUCUACAGAGUAGCAAUAUUUGCCUUUCUAAUAAAAAUAGUGGUCAUCAUACUAUGGAAUUCUUUGAAAUGUGUGCUGCCUUAAUUAUACAACUAGCACGCUGAUAAAGUCUUGGUGGCACAUAGCAUUUUAAGAAAUACUCCUUGAAGUUUAUUAUUUGGGCUUAAGAUAAAAUAGAAAUUUAUUUAUCUUACAUAUUUUAUGAAUUGGACUCUUGUUUCUUCAAUAUUUAAAAAAAGGUGAGUUCGAAAUAUUUUAAAUUUGAAUAUUUUAGUUAACUAUAGUAAAAUUGUGGUACAAAAUGAGCUUUAUCAAAAAAUUUAUAUUGGUGUCUGUUAUUAUUUCAAUUAUGUAAUAUAUUCCUAAAGUUCAAUUGUUUCUGAAUGUUAUGAGUUUGUAAAAAACUAAUAUUCCCUUAUUGUGAACUUUACCAAUGAUUUGUAAUAAAUGAAAUAAUUAUUGGUA